GGUCUAGGGUUUUAUGGCGCUUUGCCGCUUCUCUCGCGCACUCUCUUCUCUUCCAGAUCGCGCAUUGCGGCAAUUCGCUCCUGCGGCGCCGAGGAGAUCGUUCCCCAAGACGCGCCACGGCGUGACAUGGGACGAUCCCUACCACUGGCUGCGAAAUUCCGAGGAUCCGGCCGUCAUCGCGUAUCUCCAGGCUGAGAAUCAGCACGCGCAGUCGACCAUGGCUGGAACAAGGGAGCUCCAGCGCCAGAUCCGCCAGGAAAUGGCGAGCAGGAUGGAGAAGGAGCUCGCGUCGCCUCCAGAGCGCUGGGGGGAUUGGUACUAUUUCGUGCAUAUCCCGCAAGGGAAAGAGUUUCCCAUCUACUCGAGACGAAGAGCCUGCCAAGGUGGAAGGCUGAAGGCUUUCUUUACAAGUUUUUUUGACAAGAACAGUGAAGUUAUGAUCGACAUCAAUGAGCUUGCUGCCGAGCAUGGCCAUGCACAGCUUGGAGUUUUUAAGCUAUCCAGAGACCACAAACUGUUAGCGUACACAAUCGACUUGGGUGGCAAUGAGAUCUUCACAUUGUUUAUCAAAGACUUGGAGACUGAUAGCCUCCUCCUGGAGCACAAAACCGAUGGUGUAGUAAGUGUGGAGUGGUCUGAUACUGGAGACUAUCUUUACUACACUUGUAGUGAUGCAGCACAUCGACCUCACAGGGUUUUGUUGCGGAACUUGCGAUCUAAAGAUGAUGACAUUGCAAUUUAUCACGACGACAAUCCAAAGAACUUUGUUGAUGUUACAAGAACCAAAAACUGGCAGUACGUUUUGAUUAAUGUCAACUCAAAGACGUCCUCUGAGGUUUUUCUGGUAGAUCCGAAAACUUCAGCCACAACGUUGCGGAAAGUUGCAGAUAGAGUUGAUGGCAUCCAGUAUUUCGUGGAACACCAUGAAGAGCACCUGUAUAUUCUUACCAAUUUUUUGGGCGACAAGAAGCUAGCGUCGUUAGGAAACAACUAUCGGCUUGUCCGCUGCAAGACAGAUAGCUUGACCUCGAAGGCGUGGGAGGAGGUUGUCCCAGUCGACAGCGAAAAUUGGAUAGAAGAUAUGGAUAUUUUUGCGAAGCAUUUGAUCUUAUACAGACGACAAAAUGGUCUUCCCAUUGUGCAUGUUUUCAACCUGGAUAGCCUGAAAACUCCUCGGACUGUAAACCUUCCCUCCGGGAUAACAGUUCUUACUCCUGGAGCAAACUGUGACUUCAAUUCGUCUACUCUACGGCUGUCGAUAUCUUCACUGGUGAUGCCCGAAGCAACGUAUGAUGUCGAUUUGACGACUGGAGAGGUGACACUAUUGCAGCAAGUGAAAAUUGUGGGAGUGGACACGGGCUCAUAUUGUAUGAAGCAUCUUGCUGCUACAUCUCAUGACGGCGUUCGAGUGCCUUUGACAAUUGUCUACUCAAACAAGUUCGAAAGGAAAGGUGAAAAUUCCGCUUUGGUUACAGGCUAUGGUGCCUAUGGCGAGCUGCUUGACAUGAGCUUCUCGAGUGACCGGCUGAGCCUUCUCGAUCGUGGCUGGGUGCUCGCAUUCGCUCACGUCAGGGGGAGUGGGACGUUAGGAAAGGCUUGGCACUCGGAAGGAAAGCUGCUGAAGAAGGAGAAUUCGUUCAAAGACUUUAUAGCUUGCAUUCGUUACUUGGUGGAAAAUCAGUAUGCUUCUCGCAACAAGAUUGCUGCUUUCGGUGAAAGCGCUGGUGGACUUUUGGUCGGGGCAGCCGUGAACUUGCAACCGGACCUCUUUCGAGCUAUAAUUUUGAAGGUUCCAUUCCUUGACAUCCUCAACACAAUGUUAGACUCUUCGUUGAGUCUAACAGAGCACGAGUAUGACGAAUGGGGUGAUCCAUCAUCGGACAAGGCAGCGUUUGAUUGCAUCCGAAAUUACUCUCCUUAUGACAACAUCAAGCCAGGCGUAAGGUAUCCAGCCAUGCUAGUAACCUCGUCGUUCCUUGACACCCGGGUUGGUUACUGGGAAUCUGCUAAAUGGAUUGCAGCUCUUCGGCAUUCUUGUCAAGCAGAAUGUUUAGUCUUUAAGACCAAUAUGAGUGGGGGUCACUUCGGAGAUGGCGGACGCUACUCUCAUCUCAAGGAGACUGCUUAUGGCUUUGCAUUCUUAAUAAAAAACUUGGAGGCAAUCUAAAUUCAGUUUGCUGACAGAAAUUCUUGAAAAUAUAAUUUUACUAAGAAACAGCAGCAUCAAUUUGAAAUUA